AUGUCUUCGGAAGAGAAGAAAAUAGUCGACUUCGUACUCCAUCUGCGCUCUGAUACAAAUCCAUAUGCAGCGAUAGCAAGAUACUUGAAGGGAGUGAUGGCGGUAAGAAAUUCGCAACCUUCAACUGACCUUUCUCGCAAAACUAAUGAACAUUCUCAAACUUUUCAGCCACCGCAGUUAGCUGGUUGGGCGACCAUCGCCCAGCGUUGUGCCUUGGGCUUGUUCAUCAUUGCAUUUGAUCUACGCGCGGGUCAAAUCCUUCAAGUCGCUGUGUCAUAUCGGUCCUCCCUACAGCAAACUCAUAAUGCGCCGGCAUUGCAGUCGGUCUGUACUCGAUCGACGUUGCGAGCGGCUGCGGCACCACAUAUGCGAUAUAUAGUAUCCGUGCGUUGCCCGUACCGAAAUACUGAUGCAGCAGGUCUCGACACAGUGGCCAUAACGGAUCUCUUUCUCCUGGAUCAAGCAAAUGCUGGCGAACGUGACCUAUCUGGAGAGAUCAUGCUAUUUGGAAUUAAAUAUAUACCGAUUCUUUUAAAUGGAUGGUUCUUCCUGUGGGUAUGUGCAUGUCAGUGUGCGUCCCUGGUCUGUGAAUCCGGUCUAGGCGAGGUUUCCGGCAUGGGAGGGAGACUCCAUCCAGCAAUCCGGGUUGUUAUGCAUGCUAUACUAUUGGCAGUACUCAUUAUUCCAAUCCCUAUUGUGUUUUAUUGUUACACAAAGGUUAACAAGGAAUAUGUUAUGGCAAAGUCAAUAUUACACGGCGUCCUUCAAGCGCUUGAUGCCAAAGAGGUCACUGCCACUCCUCAAAAUUACAAUCGCAUGGAGCUAUUAGCAAUACUGAAACCAGCACGAGAUAUGCAGCCACAUGCUCACAAUAUGGCCGUACUGACUCGAAGUGGCAUCAUGAUAUAUCUAGUGCAGUUGACUACUCUCAGUGUCGUGUAUGUGCCUCUGCUGGCUGUCUCGCUAGGUCGUUUGUAUGCCCGAUCAGUCUCCCAAAAGAAAUUGGAUAUGGCUGCGUCAGGCGGUGAAGCUAAUGGAAAGAUUUCAAAGAUGGGUCGCAAGAUUCGUGAACAGCGUAGAAGGCUGGUGACGCAUGCGAUGAUUCUGUAUGUGACAGUCGUUUUGCACGUUCCUAUCCUCAUUGCUCAGCUGGCCUACGAAGGUGAUGGGUUUCUACGAAAUCAAGGGUGGCUGACACUCACUCGCGUGGGUCUCACCUUACCGUUCGCGAUCGGCGGCAACGGGAUCGCAUUCAUACUCAAUGUCCACGCGCGCAAUCAGUUAGCAGAUACACAGACGCAGAACCCAGCGGCCACAACUAUGACCUCAACCUCCGAGGCCAUGAAGACCAAGGAAACUUUCAUGCCUAAAUUCAAUCCUGGUGGCAAAGAUGUCGAGCUGUCGCUCCUUCCGACAUAUGUAGGCCUCAAUGGACGCGAUGCGCAGUUAAACACUAUUGAGACACGCGAAGCCCCGUUUGGAAGUGCUGGAGUACGCUCUCACCCGUCAGUAGUGCCACUGCAUGCUUCAAAACCUUCAAGAAAGCAGAGUUCGAAAUCGGUUGUGUCGAAGUCAAGUAUACAUUUCAAACAAAGUUACGAUCGGCAAACUGAACAGUCUGGCAUAAGUGCAGAAGAUUAUCCUACCAAAUAUUAA